AAAGUGAAAAAGCAAGCUGAGGUUCCGCCCAGCAGAGAGAGAGAGAGAGAGAGAGAGAGAGAGAGAGAUCGUCACAAUCGGCGGUCUUCUUCUUCGCCGAGAGCAGUGGAAUUCUGUAGCGAUCGAAGAACGAUAGAGGGAUGAAGGUUUCGGUGAAGAACUUGAAGGGCGCUCGCUUUGAUGUCGAAGUGAAGCCUGAAGAUACGUGCUCAAUUCGGGUUUCUCUUUUGGGUUUUUGCGGGUUUCUCGUUUGGUGCCAAAUCGAGGUUUCAAGUAGGGUUUAGCGCUGUACUGAUCGGCGGCUUCCAUCACAUAUGUUCUGGCAAUCCAGAGGUGGAGGGCUAUCGGAAAUUUGAUUGAAUGAGAGUUGGACUAUGACCUUCUUCUUCAUUAUGCUGCGAGAUGAACUCGGAUUGGUGGUUGCUGAUGUAAAGAAAAGUAUAGAAAGCAGUCAAGGAGCGGAUGUCUAUCCUGCUUCUCAGCAGGUGCUAAUCCAUCAGGGUCAAAUCCUCAAAGAUGGUACAACUUUGGACGAAAAUAAUGUCACAGAGAGUAGUUUUAUCGUGAUCAUGCUGGGAAAGAACAAGGGCUCAACUGGUGAGGGUUCAACUGCUUCUGCUGCCCCUCCAACAAAGGCUCCACAGCCAACUAUGCCCCCUUCAGCUCCAAUACGACCUCCAGAAGCACCUCAGGCUCCAGUGGCAGCACCAACUGACAGACCUGCAUCUGCAACUACUCCCGCUCCUAGCCCUUCUCCUUCUCCUGUCUCUUUAGUUCCUGCUGGGUCAGAGGCUGAUGUAUAUGGUCAAGCAGCAUCCAAUUUAGUUUCUGGAAGCAAUUUGGAGGGAACAAUCCAGCAAAUUCUUGAUAUGGGCGGAGGGUCUUGGGACAAGGCUACUGUUGUUCGUGCUCUCCGUGCUGCUUAUAACAAUCCCGAGAGAGCUGUUGAAUACUUAUAUUCGGGUAUCCCUGAGCAAGCUGAAGUUCCACCUGUUGCCCAAGUUCCUCCGAGUGGGCAAACUGCAGAUUCUACCGCCCAAACUACAGAGUCCUCAGAACCUACUCCUGCUACUUCAACUGGACCCAAUGCGAACCCCCUAAAUCUCUUCCCCCAGGGUCUUCCAAGCACGGGUACCGGUGGCACUGGUGCUGCUGGUGCGGGUACCUUUAAUUUUCUCCGAGACAAUCCACAGUUCCAAGCUUUGAGAACUAUGGUACAGGCCAAUCCACAAAUUUUGCAGCCUAUGCUUCAAGAGCUUGGGAAACAAAAUCCUGAACUAGUGAGGCUUGUUCAAGGGCAUCAGGCUGAGUUUCUUCGCCUCAUCAAUGAACCUGGGGAGGGUGAAGAAGGGAACGUAUUAGGUCAGUUGGCGGCAUCCAUGCCACAGGGGAUUCAAGUCACACCUGAGGAGCAUGAGGCAAUAGAGCGGCUGGAAGCAAUGGGGUUUGAUCAUGCAAUCGUACUACAGGUUUUCUUCGCAUGCAACAAGAACGAGGAACUGGCGGCAAACUACCUUUUGGACCACAUGCAUGAAUUCGAUGACUAGUCCAGAACGAGAUAAGGGGCGAUGAGUCAUUUAUUCCCAUCAUCUCCCCUCUAUUAAGGAUUGCUCAGGACCCUUCUUUUCCUUAUCUCUAGGAUUUAGUGAACCUUUUUGCAAACAUAUAUAGUUGCAAUUUCUUGUUCUGCGAGCGUUUGGGAGCACCCCCUUGAGAACGCUGGGGAUGUAACUUUUCCCAAGCACACUCUGGCCUGUAAGGUUUCAUCCUGGUGUUGGAAAUUCUCGUCCCCUGUGCACACUCGUUGGGCAAAUUCGAAAACUAUCUUGCUCCUGCAUCUAUCGGUUACAUUUUCUGCCAAGUAUUUUGCAGAUCAAA